UGUCCUUUCGUCCCCAUCCAGUUUGAGGAGCGGCCGGAGUGUGGGCUGCUGGUGGCAGCCUGCUGGUCCUGGGUCCUCGGAGGGAGGUGAGACCCGGCAGCCCCCGCCCCGCACCGGCCUGUACCUCCGGCCUGUGUGCUGCCCAGAGCCCCCAUAGAGAGAGGUCCCUGCCGCCACCCUCAUGGAUCAGCCCCAGUUCAGCGGGGCGCCCCGCUUUCUCACCCGGCCGAAGGCCUUUGUGGUGUCGGUGGGCAAGGAUGCCACGCUCAGCUGCCAGAUCGUGGGUAACCCCACGCCACAGGUGAGCUGGGAGAAGGAUCAGCAGCCGGUGGCGGCGGGCGCACGCUUCCGCCUGGCCCAGGAUGGCGACCUGUACCGCCUCACUAUCCUGGACCUGGCGCUGGGCGAUAGUGGGCAGUACGUGUGCCGCGCGCGCAAUGCCAUAGGGGAGGCCUUCGCGGCCGUGGGCCUGCAGGUGGACGCGGAGGCCGCGUGCGCAGAGCAGGCACCGCAUUUCCUGCUGCGGCCCACGUCCAUCCGCGUGCGCGAGGGCUCCGAGGCCACGUUCCGCUGCCGCGUGGGUGGCUCCCCGAAGCCGGCGGUGAGCUGGUCCAAGGACGGGCGGCGCUUGGGUGAGCCCGACGGCCCCCGCGUGCGCGUGGAGGAGCUCGGCGAGGCGAGUUCACUGCGCAUUCGUGCUGCGCGGCCGCGCGACGGCGGCACUUACGAGGUCCGCGCGGAGAACCCGCUGGGCUCCGCCAGCGCCGCAGCUGCGCUCGUGGUGGACUCGGAUGCCGCGGACACAGCCAGCCCGCCGGGGACCUCCACGGCCGCGCUCCUGGCGCACCUGCAGCGGCGGCGCGAAGCCAUGCGUGCCGAGGGCUCCCCCGCCUCUCCGCCCUGCACCGGCACGCGCACCUGCACGGUGACCGAAGGCAAGCACGCGCGCCUCAGCUGCUACGUGACCGGCGAGCCCAAGCCCGAGACGGUGUGGAAGAAGGACGGGCAGCUGGUGACCGAGGGCCGGCGCCACGUGGUGUACGAGGACGCUCAGGAGAACUUCGUGCUCAAGAUCCUCUUCUGCAAGCAGUCAGACCGCGGCCUCUACACCUGCACGGCGUCCAAUCUUGUGGGGCAGACCUACAGCUCCGUGCUGGUCGUAGUGCGCGAGCCCGCGGUUCCCUUUAAGAAGCGGCUGCAGGAUCUGGAGGUGCGGGAGAAGGAGUCGGCCACGUUCCUGUGCGAGGUGCCCCAGCCGUCCACCGAGGCUGCGUGGUUCAAGGAGGAGACGCGGCUGUGGGCGAGCGCUAAGUACGGCAUCGAGGAGGAGGGCACCGAGCGCCGGCUGACCGUGCGCAACGUGUCGGCCGACGACGACGCGGUGUACAUCUGCGAGACGCCGGAGGGCAGCCGCACCGUGGCGGAGCUCGCCGUCCAAGGAAACCUUCUCCGAAAGCUCCCUCGGAAGACAGCGGUGCGCGUGGGCGACACGGCAAUGUUUUGCGUGGAGUUGGCGGUCCCGGUGGGCCCCGUCCGCUGGCUGCGGAACCAGGAGGAGGUGGUGGCCGGGGGCCGCGUGGUCAUCUCCGCGGAGGGCACGCGCCACACACUGACUGUCUCCCAGUGCUGCAUGGAGGAUGUGGGCGAGGUGGCCUUUAUGGCUGGCAACUGCCGGACGUCCACUCAGUUCUGCGUGGCGGCCCCCAGGAAGCCUCCCCUGCAGCCCCCUGUGGAGCCAGUGGUGAAGGCCAAGACGGAGAGUUCUGUGACCCUCAGCUGGUCCCCACCACCCCAGGGGGAGUGCCCCUUCACCAUUGACGGCUACCUGGUGGAGAAGAAGCAGCUUGGCACCUACACCUGGAGCCGGUGCCACGAGGCUGAAUGGGUGGCCACACCUGAGCUGAUCUUGACGAAUGUGGCCGAGGAGGGGGACUUUCAGUUCCGAGUCUCAGCUCUCAACAGCUUUGGACAGAGUCCCUACCUCGAGUUCCCAGGGACCAUCCACCUGGCCCCCCAGCUGGCCGUGAGGACACCGCUGAAGGCAGUGCAGGCGGUGGAGGGUGGCGAGGUCACCUUCUCCGUGGACCUCACGGUGGCCUCAGCGGGUGAGUGGUUCCUGGACGGGCAGGCCCUGAAGGCCAGCAGUGUGUAUGAGAUCCGCUGUGACUGCACCCGGCACACGCUCACCAUCCGGGAGGUGCCGGCCAGCCUGCACGGGGCACAGCUCAAGUUCGUGGCCAACGGCAUUGAGAGCAGCAUCCGUAUGGAGGUCCGGGCGGCACCAGGGCUGAGUGCCAACAAGCCACCAGCCGCAGCUGCCCGGGAGGUGCUGGCUCGGCUGCAUGAGGAGGCGCAGCUGCUGGCCGAGCUGUCGGACCAGGCUGCGGCCGUGACGUGGCUGAAGGAUGGUCGCACGCUGCCCCCAGGCCCCAAGUAUGAGGUGCAGGCUUCGGCCGGGCGGCGGGUGCUGCUUGUGCGAGACGUGGCCCAGGACGAUGCCGGCCUCUACGAGUGCGUCAGCCGCGGGGGCCGCAUCGCCUACCAGCUGUCCGUGCAAGGCCUCGUGUGCUUUCUGCAUAAGGACAUGGCGGGCAGCUGUGUGGAUGCAGUGGCUGGGGGCCCAGCGCAGUUUGAGUGCGAGACCUCGGAGACCCACGUCCGCGUGCGCUGGUACAAGGAUGGCGUGGAGCUGGGUCGCUCCGGUGAGCGCUUCUUGCAGGAAGACGUGGGGACGCGGCACCGGCUGGUGGCAGCCAUGGUCACCAGGCAGGAUGAGGGCACCUACUCCUGCCGUGCGGGCGAGGACUCUGUGGACUUCCGGCUCCGAGUCUCUGAGCCGAAGGCGGUGUUUGCCAGGGAGCAGCCGGUAUGCCGGGAGGUGCAGGCCGAGGCGGGGGCCAGCGCCACGCUGAGCUGCGAGGUGGCCCAGGCCCAGACGGAGGUGACGUGGUACAAGGACGGGAAGAAACUGAGUGCCAGCUCGAAAGUGCGCGUGGAGGCCACGGGCUGCACACGGAGGCUGGUGGUGCAGCAGGUGGGCCAGGUAGACGCUGGGGAGUACAGCUGCGAGGCUGGGGGCCAGAGGCUCUCCUUCCGCCUGCACGUGGCAGAGCCCAAGGCGGUGUUUGCAAAGGAGCAGCUGGCGCAUCGGAAGCUGCAGGUGGAGGCGGGGGCCCGUGCCAUGCUAAGCUGCGAGGUGGCCCAGGCCCAGACGGAGGUAACGUGGUACAAGGACAGGAAGAAACUGAGCGCCAGCUCGAAAGUGCGCGUGGAGGCUGCAGGCUGCACGCGGAGGCUGGUGAUGCAGCAGGUGGGCCAGGCAGAUGCCGGGGAGUACAGAUGUGAGGCUGGGGGCCAGCAGCUCUCCUUCCAUCUGGAUGUAAAAGAGCCCAAGGUGGUGUUUGCCAAGGACCAGGUGUCAUGCGGUGAGGUGCAGGCCGAGGCAGGGGCCAGCGCCAUGCUGAGCUGCGAGGUGGCCCAGGCCCAGACGGAGGUGACAUGGUACAAGGACGGGAAGAAGCUGAGCUCCAGUUCGAAGGCACAUGUGGAGGCCAAGGGCUGCACACGGAGGCUGGUGGUGCAGCAGGUGGGCCAGGCGGAUGCCGGGGAGUACAGCUGCGAGGCCGGGGGACAGAGGGUCUCCUUCCGCCUGCAUGUCACAGAGCCCAAGGCGGUGUUUGCCAAGGAGCAAUCGGUGCACAAUGAGGUGCAGGCUGAGGUGGGGGCCAGCGCCACGCUGAGCUGUGAGGUGGCCCAGGCCCAGACGGAGGUGACGUGGUACAAGGACGGGAAGAAGCUGAGUGCCAGCUCAAAAGUGGGCAUGGAGGGCAAAGGCUGCAUGCGGAGGCUGGUGGUGCAGCAGGCGGGCAAAGCAGAUGCUGGGGAGUACAGCUGCGAGGCCGGGGGCCAGAGAGUCUCCUUCCGCCUGCACGUCACAGAGCCCAAGGUGGUGUUUGCCAAGGAGCAGUCGGUGCAUAAUGAGGUGCAGGCUGAGGCGGGGGCCAGUGCCACACUGAGCUGUGAGGUGGCCCAGGCCCAGACGGAGGUGACGUGGUACAAGGAUGGGAAGAAGUUGAGCUCCAGCUCAAAAGUGGGCAUGGAGGGCAAAGGCUGCACGCGGAGGCUGGUGGUGCAGCAGGCGGGCAAAGCAGAUGCUGGGGAGUACAGCUGCGAGGCCGGGGGCCAGAGAGUCUCCUUCCGCCUGCACGUCACAGAGCCCAAGGCGGUGUUUGCCAAGGAGCAAUCGGUGCACAAUGAGGUGCAGGCUGAGGUGGGGGCCAGCGCCACGCUGAGCUGUGAGGUGGCCCAGGCCCAGACGGAGGUGACGUGGUACAAGGACGGGAAGAAGCUGAGUGCCAGCUCAAAAGUGCGCAUGGAGGGCAAAGGCUGCACGCGGAGUCUGGUGGUGCAGCAGGCGGGCCAGGCGGACGCCGGGGAGUACAGCUGUGAGGCCGGGGGCCAGAGGGUCUCCUUCUACUUGCAUGUUUCAGAGCCCAAGGCAGUGUUUGCCAAGGAGCAGCCAGCACGCAGGGAGGUGCAGGCCGAGGCGCGAGCCAGUGCCACGCUGAGCUGUGAGGUGGCGCAGGCCCAGACGGAGGUGACAUGGUACAAGGAUGGGAAGAAGCUGAGCGCCAGCUCGAGAGUGCGUGUGGAGGCUGCAGGCUGCACGCGGAGGCUGGUGGUGCAGCAGGCGGGCCAGGCGGACGCCGGGGAGUACAGCUGCGAGGCCGGGGGCCAGAGGCUCUCCUUCCACCUGCACGUGGCAGAGCCCAAGGCAGUGUUUGCCAAGGAGCAGCCGGCACGCCGGGAGGUGCAGGCCGAGGCGGGGGCCAGCGCCACGCUGAGCUGCGAGGUGGCCCAGGCCCAGACGGAGGUGACGUGGUACAAGGACGGGAAGAAGCUGAGCUCCAGCUCGAAAGUGCGCGUGGAGGCCGCGGGCUGCACACGGAGGCUGGUGGUGCAGCAGGCGGGCCAGGCGGAUGCCGGGGAGUACAGCUGUGAGGCCGGGGGCCAGAGGCUCUCCUUCUGCCUACAGGUGGCAGAGCCCAAGGCAGUGUUUGCCAAGGAGCAGCCGGCACGCAGGGAGGUGCAGGCUGAGGCGGGGGCCAGUGCCACGCUGAGCUGCGAGGUGGCCCAGGCCCAGACGGAGGUGACGUGGUACAAGGAUGGGAAGAAGCUGAGCUCCAGCUCGAGAGUGCGUGUGGAGGCCGCGGGCUGCACGCGGAGGCUGGUGGUGCAGCAGGCGGGCCAGGCAGACACCGGGGAGUACAGCUGCGAGGCCGGGGGCCAGAGGCUCUCCUUCCGCCUGCACAUGGCAGAGCCCAAGGCGGUGUUUGCCAAGGAGCAGCCGGCACGCAGGGAGGUGCAGGCCGAGGUGGGGGCCAGUGCCACACUGAGCUGUGAGGUGGCGCAGGCCCAGACGGAGGUGACGUGGUACAAGGACGGGAAGAAGCUGAGCGCCAGCUCGAAAGUGCAUGUGGAGGCUGCGGGCUGCACGCGGAGGCUGGUGGUGCAGCAGGCGGGCCAGGCGGACGCCGGGGAGUACAGCUGCGAGGCCGGGGGCCAGAGGCUCUCCUUCCGCCUGCACGUGGCAGAGCCCAAGGCGGUGUUUGCCAAGGAGCAGCCGGCAUGCAGGGAGGUCCAGGCCGAGGCGGGGGCCAGCACCACGCUGAGCUGUGAGGUGGUCCAGGCCCAGACGGAGGUGACGUGGUACAAGGACGGGAAGAAGCUGAGCACCAGCUCCAAAGUGCGCGUGCAGGCCACGGGUGGCAUGCGGAGGCUGGUGGUGCAACAGGUGGACCAGGCGGAUGCCGGGGAGUACAGCUGCGAGGCCGGGGGCCAGAGGCUCUCCUUCCGCCUACACGUGGCAGAGCCCAAGGUGGUGUUUGCCAAGGAGCAGCCGGCAUGCAGGGAGGUGCAGGCUGAGGUGGGGGCCAGUGCCACGCUGAGCUGCGAGGUGUCCCAGGCCCAGACGGAGGUGACGUGGUACAAGGACAGGAAGAAGCUGAGCUCCAGCUCGAGAGUGCAUGUGGAGGCCAUGGGCUGCACGCGGAGGCUGGUGUUGCAGCAGGCGGGCCAGGCAGACGCUGGGGAGUACAGCUGUGAGGCUGGGGGCCAGAGGGUCUCCUUCCGCCUGCACAUGGCAGAGCCGGAGCCCCUAAUUUCAGAGAGACCUGGCCGCAGGGAGCCUCUGGUGGUCAAGGAGCAUGAGGACAUUGUACUGACUGCCAUGCUGGGCACACCCUCUGUGGCUGCGGUGACUUGGCUCAAGGACGGCGUGGAGAUUCGCCGCAGCAAGCGGCACGAGACUGCCAGCCAGGGGAACAGCCACACCCUGACCGUGCGUGGUGCCCAGGUGCUGGACACCGCAGUCUACACUUGCCGCGUGGGCGCAGAGGGGCAGGACUUCCCCGUGCAGGUGGAAGAGGUGGCUGCCAGGUUCUGCCGGCCGCUGGAGCCCGUGUCUGGUGAGCUGGGUGGUGCGGUGACGCUGGCCUGCGAGCUGAGCCCGGCGUGUGCAGAGGUGGUGUGGCGCUGCGGCAGCACGCAGCUUCGGGCAGGCAAGCGCUUCCAGAUGGUGGCCGAGGGGCCCGUGCGCUCGCUCACUGUGUUGGGGCUGCGUGCAGAGGACGCCGGGGAGUACGUGUGUGAGAGCCGUGAUGACCGCACCAGUGCGCAGCUCACUGUCAGCGUGCCCCGAGUGGCGAGGUUUACGUCCGGGCUGAGCGCCGUGGUCGCGGAGGAGGGCCGCGAGGCCACCUUCCAGUGUGUGGUGUCCCCCAGUGACGUGGCAGUUGUGUGGUUCCGGGACGGUGCCCUGCUGCAGCCCAGCGAGAAGUUUGCCAUUUCACAGAGUGGUGCCAGCCACAGCCUGACCAUCUCGAGCCUGGUGCUGGAGGAUGCAGGCCAGAUCACCGCAGAGGCUGAAGGUGCCUCAUCCUCAGCUGCCCUGAGGGUCCGAGAGGCGCCUGUGCUGUUCAGGAAGAAGCUGGAGCCUCAGACGGUAGAGGAGCGGAGCUCGGUGACCCUGGAGGUGGAGCUGACGCGGCCCUGGCCCGAGCUGAGGUGGACGCGGAACGCUGUGGCCCUGGUGCCAGGAAAGAACGUGGAGAUCCACGCCGAGGGCGCCCGCCACCGCCUGGUUCUGCACAACAUAGGCUUUGCCGACCGUGGCUUCUUUGGCUGCGAGACCCCUGACGACAAAUCGCAGGCCAAACUCACCGUGGAGAUGCGUCAGGUACGGCUGGUCCGGGGCCUGCAGGCAGUGGAAGCGCAGGAGCAGGGCACAGCUACCAUGGAGGUGCAGCUGUCGCACGCAGACGUGGAGGGCAGCUGGACUCGAGACGGUCUGCGGCUCUCGCAGGGGCCCACCUGCCACCUGGCUGUGCGGGGCCCCACACACACCCUCACGCUUUCUGGGCUGCGGCCUGAGGACAGCGGCCUUGUGGUCUUCAAGGCAGAAGGCGUGCACACGUCAGCACAGCUCGUGGUCACCGAGCUGCCCGUGAGCUUCAGCCAUCCGCUGCAGGACGUGGUGACCACCGAGAAGGAGAAGGUUACCCUGGAGUGCGAGCUAUCUCGUCCUAAUGUGGAUGUGCGCUGGCUGAAGGACGGUGUGGAGCUGCGGGCUGGCAAGACAGUGGGCAUUGCGGCCCAGGGUGCCUGUCGGAGCCUCACUAUUUACCGGUGCGAGUUCACAGAUCAGGGCGUGUAUGUGUGUGAUGCCCACGACGCCCAGAGCUCUGCCUCCGUGAAGGUGCAAGGCCGCAGCAUCCAGAUCGUGAGGCCCCUGGACGAUGUGGAAGUGAUGGAGAAGGACGGUGCCACCUUCUCCUGCGAGGUCUCCCAUGACGAAGUGCCUGGCCAGUGGUUCCGGGAGGGCGGCAAACUGCGUCCCAGCGAGAACGUGCGCAUCCGCCAGGAAGGAAGGACAUACACGCUCAUCUACCGGAGGGUCCUGGCAGAAGAUGCAGGAGAGAUCAAAUUUGUAGCCGAAAAUGCAGAAUCGCGAGCCCAGCUCCGAGUGAAGGAGCUGCCAGUGACCCUCGUGCGCCCACUGCGGGACAAGAUCGCCAUGGAGAAGCACCGGGGUGUGCUGGAGUGUCAGGUGUCCCGGGCCAGCGCCCAGGUGCGGUGGUUCAAGGGCAGUCAGGAGCUGCAGUCCGGGCCCAGGUACGAGCUGGUCAGCGACGGCCUCUACCGCAAGCUGGUCAUCAGCGACGUACAGCCGGAGGACGAGGACACCUACACCUGUGACGCCGGUGACGUCAAGACCAGCGCACAGUUCUUCGUGGAAGAGCAGUCCAUCACCAUCGUGCGGGGUCUGCAGGACGUGACGGUGAUGGAGCCCGCCCCUGCCUGGUUUGAGUGUGAGACCUCCAUCCCCUCAGUGCGGCCACCUAAGUGGCUCCUGGCGAAGACAGUGCUGCAGGAUGGGGGAAACGUGGGACUGGAGCAGGAGGGCACGGUGCACCGGCUGACGUUGCGGCGGACCUGCUCCACCAUGACCGGUCCUGUGCACUUCACCAUCGGCAAGUCCCGCUCCUCUGCCCGCCUGGUGGUCUCAGACAUUCCUGUAGUCCUCACACGGCCAUUGGAGCCCAAGAUGGGCCGUGAGCUGCAGUCCGUGGUCCUGUCCUGCGACUUCCGGCCGCCCCCCAAGGCUGUGCAGUGGUACAAGGAUGACACGCCCCUGUCUCCCUCUGAGAAGUUCAAGAUGAGCCUGGAGGGUCAGAUGGCCGAGCUGCGCAUCCUCCGGCUGGUGCCUGCCGAUGCUGGUGUUUACCGGUGCCAGGCGGGCAGUGCCCACAGCAGCACUGAGGUCACUGUGGAAGCACGGGAGGUGGCAGUGACAGAGCCGCUGCAGGACAUGGAGGCCAUGGAGGAGGGCCGGGCCAGCUUCUCCUGUGAGCUGUCCCAUGAGGACGAGGAGGUCGAGUGGUCCCUCAACGGGACACCCCUGUACAACGACAGCUUCCACGAGAUCUCCCACGAGGGCCGGCGCCACAGCCUGGUGCUGAAGAGCGUCCGGAGGGCCGACGCGGGCACAGUGCACGCCUCCUCCCGCAAGGUGUCCACCUCUGCCCGCCUGGAGGUCCGAGCGAAGCCGGUCGUGUUCCUGAAGGCGCUGGACGACCUGUCUGCUGAGGAGCGCAGCACCCUGGCCCUGGAGUGUGAGGUCUCUGACCCCGAGGCCCGUGUGGUGUGGCGCAAAGACGGUGUGCAGCUGGGCCCCAGCGACAAGUAUGACUUCCUGCACACGGCGGGCACUCGGGGGCUCGUGGUGCAUGACCUGAGCCCUGAGGACGCCGGCCUGUACACCUGCCACGUGGGCUCCGAGGAGACCCAGGCCCGGGUCAGCGUGCACGAUCUGCACGUGGGCAUCACCAAGAGGCUGAAGACAACAGAGGUGCUGGAGGGGGAGGACUGCAGCUUCGAGUGUGUCCUGUCUCAUGAGAGCGCCAGCGACCCGGCCACAUGGACAGUCAGCGGGAAGACAGUGGGCAGCUCCAGCCGCUUCAAGGCCACACGGCAGGGCCGAAAAUACAUGCUGGUGGUCCGGGAGGCUGCGCCGAGUGAUGCCGGGGAGGUGGUCUUCUCUGUGCGGGGCCUCACCUCCAAAGCCUCACUCAUCGUCAAAGAGAGGCCGGUGGCCAUCACAAAGCCCCUGGAAGACCAGCAGGUGGCGCCAGGGGAGGACGUGGAGCUGCGCUGUGAGCUGUCACGGGCGGGCACCCCCGUGCGCUGGCUGAAGGAUGGGAAGGCCAUCCGCAAGAGCCAGAAGUAUGACGUAGUUUCUGAGGGCACGAUGGCCUCGCUGGUUGUCCGUGGAGCCUCGCUUAAGGACGUGGGCGAGUACACGUGUGAGGUGGAGGCUUCCAGGAGCACAGCCAGAGUCCGUGUGGAAGAAAAAGCAAACCGCUUCACAGAGGAGCUGGCUGACCUGCAGGUGGAGGAGAAAGGCACAGCUGUGUUCACAUGUAAGACGGAGCGCCCCGCAGCCACCGUGACCUGGCGCAAGGGCCCCUCGGAGCUUCGGGCCUCAGGGAAGCACCAGUUCAGCCAGGAGGGCCUGACCCUGCGGCUCACCAUCAGCGCCCUGGAGAAGGCAGACAGCGACACCUACACCUGCGACAUCAGCCAGGCCCGGACCCAGGCCCGGCUCCUGGUGCAAGGCCGGCGGGUGCACAUCAUCGAGGACCUGGAGGACGUGGAUGUGCAGGAAGGCUCCUCUGCCACCUUCCGUUGCCGGAUCUCCCCUGCCAACUACGAGCCUGUGCACUGGUUCCUGGACAAGACACCCCUGCAUACGAACGAACUCAAUGAGAUCGAGGCCCAGCCCGGGGGCUACCACGUACUGACACUGCGGCAACUGGCGCUCAAGGACUCCGGCACCAUCUACUUUGAGGCGGGUGACCAGCGGGCCUCGGCUGCCCUGAGGGUCACUGAGAAGCCAAGCGUCUUCUCCAGAGAGCUCGCAGAUGCCACGGUCACAGAGGGUGAGGACUUGACCCUGGCAUGCGAAACCAGCACCCGCGACAUCCCCGUGCACUGGACGAAGGACGGGAAGACCCUGCGGCCGUCCGCCCGGUGCCAGCUGAGCCACGAGGGCCAGCGGGCCCAGCUGAUCAUCACUGGGGCCACCCUGCAGGACAGCGGACGCUACAAGUGUGAGGCUGAGGGUGCCUGUAGCAGCUCUAUCGUCAGGGUGCAUGCCCGGCCAGUGCGCUUCCGGGAGGCCCUGAAGGACCUGGAGGUGCUGGAGGGUGGUGCUGCCACACUGCGCUGCGUGCUGUCGUCUGUGGCCGCACCCGUGGAGUGGCGCUGCGGAGACAGUGUCCUGAGGUCAGGUGACAAAUACAGCCUACGCCAGGAGGGCACCGUGCUGGAGCUGGUGGUCCGGGACCUGCGGCCACAGGAUAGUGGGCUGUACUCAUGCUCCUUCGGGGAGCAGACGACUUCUGCCACCCUCACAGUGACAGCUUUGCCUGCUCAGUUCAUUGGGAAACUGAGGAACAAGGAGGCCACGGAAGGGACCACAGCCACGCUGCGGUGUGAGCUGAGCAAGGCGGCCCCUGUGGAGUGGAGAAAGGGGUCUGAGACCCUUAGAGAUGGGGACAGACACAGCCUGAGGCAGGACGGGGCUGUAUGUGAGCUGCAGAUCCGAGGCCUGGCCGUGGUGGACGCCGGGGAGUACUCAUGUGUGUGUGGGGAGCAGAGGACCUCUGCCGUGCUCACUGUCAGGGCCAUGCCUGCCCACUUCAUAGGAAGACUGAGACACCAAGAGGCCACAGAAGGGGCCACAGCCACGCUGCGGUGUGAGCUGAGCAAGGCGGCCCCUGUGGAGUGGAGGAAGGGGCGUGAGAGCCUCAGAGACGGGGACAGACACAGCCUGAGGCAGGACGGGGCCGUGUGUGAGCUGCAGAUCCGUGGCCUGGCCGUGGUGGAUGCUGGGGAGUACUCGUGCGUGUGUGGGGAGGAGAGGACCUCCGCCACGCUCACUGUGAAGGCCCUGCCAGCCAGGUUCACAGGGGGUCUGAGGAAUGAAGAGGCCGUGGAAGGGGCCACAGCCACGCUGCGGUGUGAACUGAGCAAGGCAGCCCCCGUGGAGUGGAGAAAGGGGCCUAAGAACCUCAGAGAUGGGGACAGGCACAUCCUGAGGCAGGAGGGGAUGAGGUGUGAGCUGCAGAUCUGUGACCUAGCCAUGGCGGACGCUGGGGAGUACUCGUGCGUGUGUGGGCAGGAGAGGACGUCAGCCACGCUCAUUGUCAGGGCCCUGCCUGCCAGGUUCAUAGAAGAUGUGAGAAACCAAGAGGCCAGAGAAGGGGCCACGGCCACGCUGCGAUGUGAGCUGAGCAAGGCAGCCCCCGUGGAGUGGAGGAAGGGGUCUGAGACCCUCAGAGAUGGGAACAGAUACAGCCUGAGGCGGGACGGGACCAGGUGUGAGCUGCAGAUCCGUGGGCUGUCCGUGGCAGACACUGGGGAGUACUCGUGCGUGUGUGGACAGGAGAGGACCUCGGCCACUCUCACCGUCAGGGCUCUACCCAUCAAGUUCACAGAGGGACUGAGGAACAAAGAGGCCACAGAAGGGGCCACAGUCACGCUGCAGUGUGAGCUGAGCAAGGUGGCCCCCGUGGAGUGGCAGAAGGGGCAUGAAACCCUCAGAGAUGGAGACAGACACAGCCUGAGACAGGACGGGGUCAGGUGUGAGCUGCAGAUCCGUGGCCUGGUGGUGGAGGACACUGGGGAGUACCUGUGUGUGUGCGGGAAGGAGAGGACCUCAGCCACACUCACCGUCAGGGCCCUGCCUUCCAAGUUCAUAGAGGGUCUGAGGAAUGAAGAGGCCACAGAAGGGGCCACGGCCAUGCUGCGGUGUGAGCUGAGCAAGGCGGCCCCCGUGGAGUGGAGGAAGGGCUGUGAGAGCCUCAGAGAUGGGGACAGAUUCAGCCUGAGGCAGGACGGGACCAGGUGUGAGCUGCAGAUCCGUGGGCUGUCCGUGGCAGACACUGGAGAAUACUUGUGUGUGUGCGGGCAGGAGAGGACAUCGGCCACACUCACCAUCAGGGCCCUGCCUGCAAGAUUCACUCAAGAUCUGAAGUCCAUGGAGGCCUCAGAAGGGGCCACGGCUGUGCUGCAGUGUGAGCUGAGCAAGGUGUCCCCUGUGGAGUGGAAGAAGGGGCCUGAGACCCUCAGAGAUGGGAGCAGAUACAGCCUGAAGCAGGACGGGACGAGGUGUGAGCUGCACAUCCACAGCCUGGCUGUGGCUGAUGCUGGGGAAUACUCGUGCAUGUGUGGACAAGAGAAGACCUCAGCCAUGCUCACCGUCAGGGCCCUGCCUGCCAGGUUCACAGAGGGUCUGAGGAAUGAAGAGGCUGUGGAAGGGGCCACAGCCACACUGCAGUGUGAGCUAAGCAAGGCAGCCCCUGUGGAGUGGAGGAAAGGCCUCAAGGCUCUCAGAGAUGAGGACAGAUACAGCCUGAGACAAGACGGGGCCAUGUGUGAGCUGCAGAUUCACAGCCUGGCUAUGGCAGAUACUGGGGUGUACUCAUGUGUGUGUGGGCAGGAGAGGACCUCAGCUACACUCACUGUCAGGGCCCUGCCUGCCAGAUUCGUAGAGGAUAUGAGAAGCCAGAAGGCCACAGAAGGUGCUACAGUCACCCUGCAAUGUGAGCUGAGCAAGGCGGCCCCUGUGGAGUGGAGAAAGGGGCCCAACACCCUCACAGAUGGGGACAGAUACAGCCUGAGGCAGGAUGGGACCAGGUGUGAGCUGCAGAUUCGUGGCCUGGUCAUAGCAGAUGCCGGAGAAUACUCGUGCAUAUGUGGGCAGGAGAGGACCUCAGCCACACUCACCAUCAGGGCCCUGCCUGCCAGCUUCACUCAAGAUCUGAAGACCAAGGAAGCCUCAGAAGGGGCCAUGGCUGUGCUGCAGUGUGAGCUGAGCAAGGUGGCCCCUGUAGAGUGGAAGAAGGGACCUGAGACCCUCAGAGUUAGGGACUGUGUUCCCUGUUCCUCCUGUGCCAUGUGCUUUCUCACACUCUGUACCUUUGCUCAUUCUGCCGUGGUUCUUGGUGGUUUGUGUGGCUCCUUGUGUGUGUCUGUGUCCUGUCCACAGAGUCCUCCAGACAGUCUGAUGAUCUCAGUGACUGCUUGGUCCUUCCCAGCCCUGCCUGCCAGAUUCAUAGAAGAUGUGAGAAACCAAGAGGCCGGAGAAGGGGCCACGGUUGUGCUGCAGUGUGAGCUGAGCAAAGCGGCCCCCGUGGAGUGGAGGAAGGGGUCUGAGACUUUCAGAGAUGGGGACAGAUACAGCCUGAGGCAGGAAGGGACGAGGUGUGAGCUGCAGAUUCGUGGCCUGGCUAUGGAGGAUACUGGAGAGUAUUUGUGUGUGUGUGGGCAGGAGAGGACCUCAGCGACACUCACUGUCAGGGCCCUGCCUACCAGAUUCAUAGACAACAUGACAAGCCAGGAGGCCACAGAAGGGGCCAUGGCCACGCUGCAGUGUGAACUGAGCAAGGCAGCACCCGUGGAGUGGAGGAAGGGACCUGAAAUCCUCCGAGAUGGGGACAGAUACAGCCUGAGGCAAGACGGGACCAGGUGUGAGCUGCAGAUUCGUGGUCUGGCUGUGGCAGAUGCUGGGGAGUACUCAUGCGUGUGUGGGCAGGAGAGGACCUCAGCCACACUCACCAUCAGGGCCCUGCCUGCCAAGUUCACAAAAGGUCUGAGGAAUGAAGAGGCCACAGAAGGGUCCAUGGCCACGCUGCAGUGUGAGCUGAGCAAGGCGGCCCCUGUGGAGUGGAGGAAGGGACCUGAAAUCCUCAGAGAUGGGGACAGACACAGCCUGAGGCAGGACGGGUCCAGAUGUGAGCUUCAGAUCCGUGGCCUGGCUGUGGCAGAUGCCGGGGAGUACUCAUGCAUGUGCGGGCAGGAGAGGACCUCAGCUCUGCUGACUGUUAGGGCCCUGCCUGCCAGGUUCAUAGAAGACGUGAGAAGCCAGGAGGCCAGAGAAGGGGCCACGGCCACGCUGUGGUGUGAGCUGAACAAGGCAGCCCCCGUGGAGUGGAGGAAGGGGUCUGAAACCCUCAGAGAUGGGGACAGAUACAGCCUGAGGCGGGACGGGACCAAGUGUGAGCUGCAGAUUCAUGGCCUGUCUGUGGCAGACACUGGGGAGUACUCAUGUGUGUGCGGGCAGGAGAGGACGUCGGCCACGCUCACUGUCAAGGCCCCGCAGCCCGUGUUCCAGGAGCCGCUGCAGAGUCUGCAGGCAGAGGAGGGCUCCAGAGCCAGCCUGCGGUGUGAGCUGUCUGAGCCCGGUGCUGCAGUGGUCUGGAGCAAGGGUGGCCUGGAGCUGCGGGCUGAUGGGCGCCGGGAGCCACGGCUUCAGGGCUGCACGGCGGAGCUGGUGUUACGGGACCUGCUGCGUGAAGACACUGGCGAGUACACCUGCACCUGCGGCUCCCAGAGCACCAGUGCCACUCUCACCGUCACAGCGGCACCUGUGCGGUUCCUCCAGGAGCUGCAGCCCCAGGAGGUGGACGAGGGAGACACGGCGCACCUGCGCUGCGAGCUGAGCCGGGCGGGUGCCAGCGUAGAGUGGCGCAAGGGCUCCCUGCAGCUCUUCCCUUGUGCCAAGUACCAGAUGGUGCAGGACGGGGCUGCUGUGGAGUUGCUGGUACGCGGUGUGGAGCAGGAGGACACGGGUGACUACACGUGUGACACAGGCCACACGCAGAGCACAGCCAGCCUCUCCGUCCGUGUCCCCAGGCCCAAGUUCAAGACCCGACUGCAGAGCCUGGAGCAGCAGACGGGUGCUAUGGCCCGGCUGUGCUGUCAGCUGAGCGAUGCAGAGCCAGGGGCCACGGUACAAUGGCUCAAGGAGGGCGUGGAGCUGCAUGCGGGCCCCAAGUAUGAGAUGAGGAGCCAGGGGGCCAUGCGGGAGCUGCUGAUCCACCAACUGGAGGCUAAGGACACGGGCGAGUAUGCCUGUGUGACAGGUGGCCAGAAAACCACUGCCUCCCUCAGGGUCACAGAGCCUGAGGUGACCAUUGUGCGGGGGCUGGUUGACGCAGAGGUGCCGGCCGACGAGGAUGUUGAGUUCAGCUGCGAGGUGUCCCGGGCUGGAGCCACAGAUGUGCAGUGGUGCCUGCAGGGCCUGCCACUGCAAAACAACGAGGUGACAGAGGUGGCCGUGCGGGAUGGCCGCAUCCACACCCUGCGGCUGAAGGGCGUGAUGCCUGAGGACGCAGGCACUGUCUCCUUCCACGUAGGCAGCCACGCUUCCUCCGCCCAGCUCACUAUCAGAGCUCCUGAGGUGACCAUCCUGGAGCCCCUGCAGGAUGUGCAACUCAGCGAGGGCCAGGAUGCCAGCUUCCAGUGCCGGCUAUCCAGAGCCUCAGGCCAGGAAGCCCGCUGGGCUCUAGGAGGCGUGCCCCUGCAGGCCAAUGAGAUGAAUGACAUCGCUGUGGAGCAGGGCACGCUCCACCUGCUCACCCUGCACAAGGUGACCCUUGAGGAUGCUGGAACUGUCAGCUUCCAUGUGGGCACAUGUAGCUCCGAGGCCCAGCUGAAAGUCACAGAGGCAGCACCGUGCCUGGUACGUGGCUUGCAGAAUGUGGAUGUCUUCGCUGGGGAGGUGGCCACGUUCUCCUGUGAGGUGUCUCACGCGGGUGGGCCGGAGGCCCGCUGGUGGCUGGAUGGGACCCUGCUGCAGGAUGGCCCCCAGAGCGCCAUUGCUGUGUGUGAAGGGACUUUUCACUCCCUGACACUCUCAGGCCUGGGGGUGGCCGAUUCCGGCACCAUCACCUUCCGCGCAGGGCCCCUGGUCUCCAUGGCCAAGUUGUUGAUCAAAGAUCCUGUGGUGGAGGUGGUCAGUGCCAUGCAGGACUUGGCCGUGGAGGAGGGCGGUUCGGCCGAGCUCCUCUGCCAGUACUCACGGCCUGUGCAGGCCACGUGGAAGAUGGACGAGCGGGAGGUGCGCGCAGAUGGGCGCCGUGUCAUCAUAGAGCAGGACUGGAACGUGGCCAGGCUGACCUUCAGGCCAGCCCUGCCCUGUGACAGUGGCAUCUAUUCUUGUGAGGCUGCGGGCACCCGCGUAGUGGCCCUGCUGCAAGUGCAAGCCAAGAACACGGUGGUGCAGGGGCUGGAGAAUGUGGAGGCACUGGAGGGCGGCGAGGCGCUGUUUGAGUGCCGGCUGUCCCAGCCCGAGGUGGCCGCCCACACCUGGCUGCUGGAUGACGAACCUGUACGCACCUCGGAGAAUGCUGAGGUGGUCUACUUCGAGAACGGCCUGCGCCACCUGCUGCUUCUCAAAAACUUGCGGCCCCAGGACAGCUGCCGGGUGACCUUCCUGGCUGGGGACAUGGUGACCUCUGCGUUCCUCACGGUCCGAGGCUGGCGCCUGGAGAUCCUGGAGCCCCUGAAGGAUGCGGCAGUCCUGGCUGGCGCACAGGCCCGCUUCACCUGCACACUCAGUGAGGCGGUGCCAGUGGGAGAGGCGUCCUGGUACAUCAACGGCACGGCGGUGCAGCCAGACGAUGCCGACUGGACGGUCACCGCCGAUGGCAGUCACCACGCCCUGCUGCUGCGUGACGCCCAGCCCCACCACGCCGGGGAGGUCACCUUCGCUUGCCGCGAUGCGGUGGCCUCUGCGCGGCUCACUGUGCAGGGCCUCCCUGAGCCCCCAGAGGAUGCUGAGGUGGUGGCUCGCAGUACCCACGCUGUGACACUGUCUUGGGCGGCCCCCGCGAGUGAUGGAGGCGGUGGUCUCUGUGGCUACCGUGUGGAGGUGAAGGAGGGUGCCACAGGCCAGUGGCGGCUUUGCCACGAUCUGGUGCCUGGACCCGAGUGUGUGGUGGAUGGCCUGGCCCCCGGGGAGACCUACCGCUUCCGUGUGGCAGCCGUAGGCCCUGCGGGCGCUGGGGAGCCAGUGCACCUGCCCCAGACUGUGCAGCUUGAGCCACCAAAGCCUGUGCCUCCCCAGCCCUCAGCUCUUGAGAGCCGGCAGGUGGCAGCUGGUGAGGAUGUCUGUCUGGAGCUUGAGGUGGCCACUGAGGCUUGCGAGGUCGUCUGGCACAAAGGGACGGAGCGCAUCCAACCCAGCGGGCGCUUCGAGGUGGUCUCCCAGGGGCGGCGACAGAUGCUGGUGAUCAGGGGCUUCACGGCAGAAGACGAGGGCGAGUACCACUGUGGUCUGGCCCAGGGCUCCGCCUGCCCCAAGGCUGCCAUCUUCCAGGUGGCACUGAGCCCAGCCUCUGUGGACGAGGCCCCCCCGCAGCCCAGCCUGCCCCCUGAGGCAGCUCAGGAGGGUGACCUGCACCUGCUGUGGGAGGCCCUGGCUCGAAAACGUCGUAUGAGCCGUGAGCCCACGCUGGACUCCAUCAGCGAGCUGCCUGAGGAGGAUGGCCGCUCGCAGCGCCUGCCACAGGAGGCAGAGGAGGUGGCACCUGACUUCUCCGAAGGCUACUCCACGGCCGAUGAGCUGGCACGCACCGGAGAGGCUGACCUCUCACACACCAGCUCUGAUGAUGAGUCCCGGGCAGGCACCCCUUCCCUGGUCACCUACCUCAAGAAGGCUGGGAGGCCAGGAACGUCACCACUGGUCAGCAAGGUCGGGGCCCCAGCAGCCCCCUCUGUGAAGCCACAGGAACAGCAGGAGCCGCUGGCUGCUGUGCGCCCACCACUGGGAGACCUGAGCACCACAGACCUGUGUGAUCCGUCAAUGGACAAGGCAGCUGUGAGGAUACAGGCCGCAUUUAAGGGCUACAAGGUUCGGAAAGAGAUGAAGCAGCAGGAAGGGCCGGUGUUCUCCCACACAUUUGGGGACUCUGAGGCACAGGUGGGGGAUGCCCUGCGGCUGGAGUGUGUCGUGGCCAGCAAGACAGAUGUGCGAGCCCGCUGGCUGAAGGACGGCGUGGAGCUGACUGAUGGGCGGCACCAUCACAUUGACCAGCUUGGGGAUGGCACCUGCUCUCUGCUGAUUCCUGGCCUAGGCCGUGCUGAUGCUGGCCGCUACACCUGCCAGGUGAGCAACAAGUUUGGCCAGGUAGCUCACAGUGCCUGCGUGGUGGUCAGUGGGACAGAGAGUGAGGCCGAGAGCUCCUCUGGGGGUGAGCUGGACGAUACCUUCCGCCGGGCUGCGCGGCGGCUGCACCGGCUCUUCCGCACCAAGAGCCCAGCCGAGGUUUCAGAUGAGGAGCUCUUCCUGAGUGCGGACGAGGGCCCUGCAGAGCCAGAGGAGCCUGCAGACUGGCAGACGUACCACGAAGACGAGCAUUUCAUCUGCAUACGUUUUGAGGCACUCACCGAGGCCCGCCAGGCGGUAACCCGCUUCCAGGAGAUGUUUGCCACGCUGGGCAUCGGAGUGGAGAUCAACCUUGUGGAGCAGGGGCCCCGGAGGGUGGAGAUGCACAUCAGCAAAGAGGCCCCUGCACCUGGGGUACCUCCAGAGCCAUUGCCCAGUCUGCUGACUUCUGAUGCCGCCCCGCUGUUCCUGACCGAGUUGCAGAACCAAGAAGUGCAGGAUGGGUAUCCUGUGAGCUUUGACUGCGUGGUGACAGGUCAGCCCAUGCCCAGUGUGCGCUGGUUCAAGGAUGGGAAGUUGUUGGAGGAGAAUGAUCGCUACAUGAUUAAUGAAGACCAACAGGGUGGCCAUCAGCUCAUCAUCACAGCCGUGGUGCCAGCAGACAUGGGCGUCUACCGCUGCCUAGCUGAGAACAGCAUGGGGGUCUCCUCCACCAAGGCCGAGCUCCGUGUGGACUUGACAAGCACAGACUACGAAACUGCAGCAGAUGCCACAGAGACCUCGUCCUACUUCAGUGCCCAAGGCUACCUGUCCAGCCGGGAGCAGGAGGGGACAGAGUCCACUAGUGACGAAGGCCAGCUGCCCCAGGUGGUAGAGGAGCUGAGAGACCUUCGGGUGGCCCCUGGCACACACCUGGCCAAGUUCCAGCUCAAGGUGAAAGGCUACCCAGCUCCCAGGUUAUACUGGUUCAAAGACGGCCAGCCCCUGACUGCAUCUGCCCACAUCCGAAUGACUGACAAGAAGACCCUGCACACCCUGGAGGUCAUCUCGGUCACCCGGGAGGAUGCUGGCCAGUAUGCAGCCUACAUCAGCAAUGCCACGGGCGCCGCCUACUCGUCUGCACGGCUGAUGGUUCGAGGCCCUGAUGAACCAGAAGAGAAGCCUGCAUCAGAUGUGCGUGAGCAGCUGGUGCCACCCCGAAUCCUGGAGAGGUUCACCCCCAAGAAAGUGAAGAAAGGCUCCAGCAUCACCUUCUCUGUGAAGGUGGAAGGAUGCCCGGCACCCACCGUGCACUGGCUCAGGGAGGCGGCUGAGAGGGGUGUGCUGUGGAUUGGUCCCGACACACCGGGCUACACCGUGGCCAGCUCAGCACAGCAGCACAGUCUGGUCCUGUUGGAUGUGGGCCGGGAGCACCAGGGCACCUACACAUGCAUUGCCAGCAACACCGCCGGCCAGGCCGUCUGCUCCGCCAGCCUGCACAUCUCUGGUUUGCCUAAGGUGGAGGAGCAGGAGAAAGUGAAGGAAGCACUGAUUUCCACUUUCCUGCAGGGGACCCCACAAGCCGUCCCAGCACCGCGGUUGGAACCUGCGGGUUUGGCUGACCUUGCAGGGCAGAGGAAAGGAGAGCCUCUGGCUGCCAAGGAGGGCCUGGGACACUUAUCCCUUGCCGAGGUGGGCACAGAGGAGUUCCUGCAGAAGCUGACCUCCCAGAUCACCGAGAUGGUAUCGGCCAAGAUCACGCAGGCCAAGCUGCAGGUGCCCGGAGGUGACAGUGAUGAGGAGUCCAAGACGCCAUCUGCGUCCCCCCGGCAUGGCCGGUCACGGCCAUCCUCCAGUGUCCAGGAGUCUUCCUCGGAGUCAGAGGACGGGGAUGCCCGAGGCGAGAUCUUUGAUAUCUACGUGGUCACCGCCGACUACCUGCCCCUGGGGGCUGAGCAAGACGCCAUUGCGCUGCGGGAAGGCCAGUAUGUGGAGGUCCUGGACGCCGCCCACCCGCUGCGCUGGCUGGUCCGCACCAAGCCCACCAAGUCCAGCCCCUCACGGCAGGGCUGGGUAUCACCAGCCUACCUGGACAAGAGGCUCAAGCUGUCGCCUGAGUGGGGGGCCGCCGAGGCUCCUGAGUUCCCCGGGGAGGCAGUGUCUGAAGGCGAGUACAAGACGAGGCUGAGCUCUGUGAUCCAGGAGCUGCUGAGCUCCGAGCAGGCCUUCGUGGAGGAGCUGCAGUUCCUGCAGAGUCACCACCUGCAGCACCUGGAGCGCUGCCCCCACGUGCCCAUGGCUGUGGCCAGCCAGAAAGCAGUAAUCUUCCGCAACGUACAGGACAUCAGCCGCUUCCACAGCAGCUUCCUGCAGGAGCUGCGGCAGUGUGACACGGACGACGACGUGGCCAUGUGCUUCAUUAAGAACCAGGCGGCCUUUGAGCAGUACCUGGAGUUCCUGGUGGGGCGUGUGCAGGCUGAGUCGGUGGUCGUCAGCACAGCUGUCCAGGAGUUCUACAAGAAAUACACAGAGGAGACCCUGUCGGCAGGAGACCCCUCUCGGCCCCCACCACCACCCCUGCAGCACUACCUGGAGCAGCCGGUGGAACGCGUGCAGCGUUACCAGGCCUUGCUGAAGGAGCUGAUCCGUAACAAGGCGCGGAACAGACAGAAUUGUGCGCUGCUAGAGCAGGCCUACGCUGUGGUGUCUGCCCUGCCUCAGCGCGCUGAGGACAAGCUGCACGUGUCCCUCAUGGAGAACUACCCUGGCACCCUAGAGGCCCUGGGCGAGCCCGUCCGCCAGGGCCACUUCAUCGUGUGGGAGGGUGCGCCGGGGGCCCGCAUGCCCUGGAAGGGCCACAACCGCCACGUGUUCCUCUUCCGCAACCACCUGGUGAUCUGCAAGCCCAGGCGGGACUCCCGCACCGACACCUUCAGCUACGUGUUCCGCAACAUGAUGAAGCUGAGCAGCAUCGACCUGAAUGAUCAGGUGGAGGGGGAUGACCGCGCCUUCGAGGUGUGGCAGGAGCGGGAGGACUCGGUACGGAAGUACCUGCUGCAGGCACGGACGGCCAUCAUCAAGAACUCGUGGGUGAAGGAGAUAUGUGGCAUCCAGCAGCGUCUGGCCCUGCCUGUGUGGCGGCCCCCGGACUUUGAAGAGGAGCUGGCUGACUGCACGGCCGAGCUGGGCGAGACGGUCAAGCUGGCCUGUCGCGUCACAGGAACACCUAAGCCCAUCGUCAGCUGGUACAAAGAUGGGAAGCCAGUGGAGGUGGACCCCCACCACAUCCUCAUCGAGGACCCCGACGGCUCGUGUGCCCUCAUCCUGGACAGACUGACCGGUGUGGACUCCGGCCAGUACAUGUGCUUCGCGGCCAGUGCCGCUGGCACCUGCAGUACCCUGGGCAAGAUCCUGGUGCAGGUCCCACCACGGUUCGUGAACAAGGUCCGGGCCUCGCCCUUUGUGGAGGGAGAGGAUGCCCAGUUCACCUGCACCAUUGAAGGCGGGCCACACCCACAGAUCAGGUGGUACAAGGAUGGGGCCCAACUCACCCCUGGCAGCAAGAUCCAGAUACUGAGUGAUCCCCGCAGCGGCCUGCUGGUGCUGGUGAUCCGGGCAGCCAGCAAGGAGGACUUGGGGCUCUAUGAGUGUGAGCUGGUGAACCGGCUGGGCUCCGCAAGGGCCAGUGCGGAGCUGUGCGUUCAGAGCCCCACGCUGCAGGCCCGGGAGCAGCACCACAGGGAGCAGCUCGUGGCUGCUGUGGAAGACACCACCCUGGAGAAAGUGGACCAGGAGGUCACAUCCAUCCUGGAGAGACUGCUGGGCUCCAAGGUGCCAGGGCCCUCCACAGGGGACCUCACUGACACUGGCACUGGCCCCGGCCCCGGCCCCAGCCCCUGCCCCGGGAUCGCACCUGCACUCCAGGAAGCCGGCUCCCAGCCCCCAGUCACCGGAACUUCAGAAGCACCCGCCAGGCCCCCGAGGAUGCCACAGCCCCUCCUCCACGAAGCCCCAGAGCAGGAGUCGGAGGCUCGAGCCAGAGCCCAGGAGCGGACUGUGCCCAUUCGGAUGGAGGGCGCGGCCUGGCCCGGGGCAGGCACAGGGGAGCUGCUCUGGGACGUCCACAGCCACGUGGUCACGGAGACCACGCAGAGGACCUACACGUACCGGGCCGUGGACGCGCGCACCGCACGGCCCCCAUCCAUGCAGGUGACCAUCGAGGAUGUGCAGGUACAGACAGGCAGCACGGCCCAAUUCCAGGCUGUCAUUGAGGGCGACCCACAGCCCACAGUGACCUGGUACAAGGACAGCGUCCAGCUGGUGGACAGCACCCGGCUUAGCCAGCAGCAGGAAGGCACCACGUACUCCCUGGUGCUGCAGGAUGUGGCCUCGAAGGAUGCGGGCGUCUACACCUGCCUGGCCCAAAACGCCGGCGGCCAGGUGCUCUGCAAGGCAGAGCUGUUGGUGCUUGGGGGGGACAGUGAGCCGGACUCAGAGAAGCAAAGCCCGCGGAGGAGGCUGCACUCCUUCUAUGAAGUCAAGGAGGAGAUCGGAAGGGGCGUGUUUGGCUUCGUGAAGAGAGUGCAGCACAAAGGAAACAAGAUCUCCUGUGCUGCCAAGUUCAUCCCCCUGCGGAGCAGAACCCGGGCCCAGGCGUACAGAGAGCGAGACAUCCUGGCCAUGCUGAGCCACCCGCUGGUCACAGGGCUGCUGGACCAGUUUGAGACCCGCAAGACCCUCAUCCUCGUUCUGGAGCUGUGCUCGUCCGAGGAGCUGCUGGACCGCCUGUUCAGGAAGGGCGUGGUGACAGAGGCCGAGGUCAAGGUCUACAUCCAGCAGCUGGCAGAGGGGCUGCACUACCUGCACAGCCACGGUGUCCUCCACCUGGACAUAAAGCCCCCUAACAUCCUGAUGCUGCAUCCUGCCCGGGAAGACAUUAAAAUCUGUGACUUUGGCUUCGCGAAGACCAUCACCCCGGCAGAGCCGCAGUUCAGCCAGUACGGCUCCCCUGAGUUCGUCUCCCCCGAGAUCAUCCAGCAGACCCCCGUGAGCGAGGCCUCCGACAUCUGGGCCAUGGGUGUCAUCUCCUACCUCAGCCUGACCUGCUCGUCCCCGUUUGCCGGCGAGAGUGACCGCGCCACCCUCCUGAAUGUCCUGGAGGGGCGUGUGUCAUGGAGCAGCCCCAUGGCUGCCCACCUCAGCGAAGACGCCAAGGACUUCAUCAAGGCUGCGCUGCAGAGGGCCCCGCAGGCCCGGCCCAGUGCGGCCCAGUGCCUCUCCCACCCCUGGUUCCUGAAAUCCAUGCCUGCCGAGGAGGCCCACUUCAUCAACACCAAGCAGCUCAAGUUCCUCCUGGCCAGAAGCCGCUGGCAGCGUUCCUUGAUGAACUACAAGUCCAUCCUGGUCAUGCGCUCCAUCCCUGAGCUGCUGCAGGGCUCGCCCGACAGCCCCUCACUCGGCGUGGCCCGGCACCUCCGCACAGACGCUGGUGGCUCCUCCAGUUCCUCCUCCUCCUCCGACAAUGAGCUGACCCCGUUUCCCCGGGCCAAGUCGCUGCCACCCUCCCCGGUGACACACUCGCCACUGCUGCACCCCCGGGGCUUCCUGAGGCCCUCGGCCAGCCUGCCUGAGGAGGCCGAGGCCCCAGGUCCGCCUGCGUCACCCGAGGGUGCUGGGCCCCCGGCAGCCCAGGGCUCCGUGCCCCGGCACAGCGUCAUCCGCAGCCUGUUCUACCAGCAGGCAGGUGAGGGCCCCGAGCACGGGGCCCUGGCCCCAGGGAGCAGGCGGCACCCAGCCCGGCGGCGGCACCUGCUGAAGGGUGGGUACAUCGCGGGGGCACUGCCAGGCCUGCGAGAGCCGCUGAUGGAGUACCGUGCGCUGGAGGAGGAGGCCACCAGGGAGGAGGAGGCCACCCUCCUGGCCAAAGCUCCCUCCUUCGAGACCGCCCUCCAGCUGCCUGCCUCUGGCACCCACUCAGCCCCUGGCCACAGCCGCUCCCUGGAACAUGACCCUCCGAGCACCGCUCGCCCCUCCCUGGGGGCCUGUGGUGAGGCACAGCAACUGCCUCCAGCCCCCUCCGGUGGGGCCCCUGCCAGGGACAUGCAGCACCCGCAAGGCUCUGAGCAGCUUCCAUCCACUGGAGGCCACCCAGGCACUGCUCAGCCAGAGGGGCCAUCCCCAGACAGCCCUUUGGGGCAGCGGGCCCCUUACUGUCACCCCAAGCAGGUUUCUGGCCCCCAGGAGGGCUGCAGCCCCCACUGGGCACUUGCCCCACACCCUCCCAGCUCCUUCCCUCCAGGAUCUUGUGAAGAGGCCGCCUCAGUAAUCUCGAGCUGCCUCCUGGGACAGCCUGAGGCACCCCCUGUCCCAGCCCAAGCAAGUCCCCCGCUAGACUCUAAGAUGGGGCCGAAACCCAGCCCCUGCAGUUCCCCAGGGCCAGCCCGCCAGGCGAGCUCUUCCCAAGUGAGCUCCCACAGGAUGGGCUCCCCGCAGGUGGGUGCAGAGCCUGGCCCCUCCCUGGAUGCUGAGGGCUGGUCCCAGGAGGCUGAGGAUCUCUCGCCCACCCUGCAGCAGCCUCAGGAGCAGGCCACCACGCGGAAGUUCUCCCUGGGGCGUCACGGGGGCUAUGCCGGCGUGGCUGGCUAUGGCACCUUUGCCUUUGGUGGGGAUGCGGGAGGCAUGCUGGGGCAAGGACCCAUGUGGGCCAGGAUGGCCUGGGCUGUGUCCCAGUCCUCGGAGGAGCAGGAGGCGGCCAGGGCUGAGAGCCCGCUGCCCCAGGUCAGUCCAAGGCCAGUGCCUGAGGCCGGCAGGACUCCCUCCAGGACCUCUCCAGAGCCUACCCCAUGGGAGGACGCCGGGCAGGUCUCCCUGGUACAGAUCCGGGACCUGUCAGGUGACGCAGAGGCGGCCGACACAGUAUCCCUGGACAUUUCGGAGGUAGACCCCGCCUACCUCAACCUCUCGGACCUGUACGACAUCAAGUACCUCCCGUUCGAGUUUAUGAUCUUCAGGAAAGUCCCCAAGCCGGCUCAGCCAGAGCCACCCUCCCCCGGGGCUGAGGAGGAGCUGGCCGAGAUCCCAGAGCCUGAGUGGCCCUGGCCAGGCCAAUUGGGCCCCCAGGCGGGCCUGGAGAUCACAGAGGGGCCAGAGGACAUGGAGGCGCUGCUGGCAGAGGCUGCUGCAGGCAGGAAGCGCAAGUGGAUCUCACCGUCUCGCGGUCUCUUCCGCCUCCCUGGGAGGCACCUGCCGCUGGACGAGCCGUCGGAGCUGGGGCUGCGUGAGAGAGUGAAGGCCUCUGUGGAGCACAUCUCCCGGAUCCUGAAAGGCAGGCCAGAAGGUCUGGAGAAGGAGGGGCCCCCCAGGAAGAAGCCAGGCCUUGCUUCUUUCCGGCUCUCAGGUCUGAAGAGCUGGGACCGAGCGCCAACAUUCUUAAGGGAGCUCUCAGAUGAGACUGUGGUCCUGGGCCAGUCAGUGACUCUGGCCUGCCAGGUGUCAGCCCAGCCAGCUGCCCAGGCCACCUGGAGCAAAGACGGAGUCCCCUUGGAGAGCAGCAGCCGCAUCCUCAUCUCGGCCACCCACAAGAACUUCCAGCUUCUGACCAUCCUGGUGGUGGCAGCUGAGGACCUCGGUGUGUACACCUGCAGCGUGAGCAAUGCACUGGGGAUGGCAGCCACCACGGGCGUCCUCCGGAAGGCAGAGCGCCCCUCGUCCUCGCCAUGCCCGGACAUUGGGAAGGUGUAUGCGGAUAGGGUGCUGCUGGUUUGGAAGCCCGUGGAGUCCUAUGGCCCUGUCACCUACAUUGUGCAGUGCAGCCUAGAAGGUGGCAGCUGGACCACACUGGCCUCUGACAUCUUCGACUGCUGCUACCUGACCAGCAAGCUCUCCCGGGGCGGCGUGUACACCUUCCGCACGGCCUGCGUCAGCAAGGCAGGCAUGGGCCCCUACAGCAGCCCCUCGGAGCAAGUCCUCCUGGGAGGGCCCAGCCACCUGGCCUCUGAGGAGGAGAGUCAGGGGCGGCCAGCCCAACCCCUGCCCAGCACACAGACCUUCGCAUUCCAGACACAGAUCCGGAGGGGCCGAUUCAGUGUGGUUCGGCAGUGCUGGGAGAAGGCCAGUGGGCGGGCACUGGCUGCCAAGAUCAUCCCCUACCAGCCCAAGGACAAGACAGCCGUGCUGCGUGAAUACGAGGCCCUCAAGGGCCUGCGCCACCCGCACCUGGCCCAGCUGCACGCAGCCUACCUCAGCCCCCGGCACCUGGUGCUCAUCUUGGAGCUGUGCUCUGGGCCCGAGCUGCUCCCCUGCCUGGCCGAGAGGGCCUCCUACUCAGAAUCCGAGGUGAAGGACUACCUGUGGCAGAUGCUGAGCGCCACCCAGUACCUGCACUCCCAGUGCAUCCUGCACCUGGACCUGAGGUCCGAGAACUUUAUCAUCACCGAAUACAACCUGCUCAAGGUCGUGGACCUGGGCAAUGCACAGAGCCUCAGCCAGGAGAAGGUGCUGCCCUCGGAGAAGUUCAAGGACUACCUAGAGACCAUGGCUCCAGAGCUCCUGGAGGGUCAGGGGGCUGUUCCGCAGACAGACAUCUGGGCCAUUGGUGUGACAGCCUUCAUCAUGCUGAGCGCUGAGUACCCGGUGAGCAGCGAGGGUGCACGCGACCUACAGAGAAGCCUGCGCAAGGGGCUGCUCCGCUUGAGCCGCUGCUACGCUGGGCUGUCCGGGGGCGCCGUGGCCUUCCUGCGCAGCACGCUGUGCGCCCAGCCCUGGGGCCGGCCCUGCGCGUCCAGCUGCCUGCAGUGCCCGUGGCUGACAGAGGAGGGACCGGCCUGUUCGCGGCCCGCGCCCGUGACCUUCCCUACCGCGCGGCUGCGCGUCUUUGUGCGCGAGCGUGAGAAGAGACGGGCGCUGCUGUACAAGAGGCACAACCUGGCCCAGGUGCGCUGAGGGUCGCCUAUCCCCGCCCACCUCGCUGCAGACGCGCCAAUAAAAACGCACAGCCGGGCGCGGA